AUGUCUGCAUAUGAGCAAUGUUUGUACAUUUUGCAUUGUUUAUGGGGGCUUUCUGUCUCUUUCUAUCCAGAACCCGGCCAGCCAAGGACUGUUUUUUCUGUGGACUCUUCAGGAACAGAGUUCCAAGACAUCGAGGUUCACCUGCGCAGACAGAAGUCCGGGUUUGGUUUCCGGGUGCUGGGUGGUGAUGAGGCCGGGCAGCCUAUCUUAAUCGGGGCGAUCAUCGAGAAGAGUCCAGCAGAUCUAGAUGGAAGGUUGCGGCCCGGUGAUGAGCUGCUGUUUGUGGACGGGAUCCCGGUGAUGGGGAAGCCACACAGAUAUGUUAUUGACCUGAUGCACGGGGCGGCACGCAACGGCCAGGUGAAUCUGGUGAUCAGGAGGAGGGUUCAGGCAGCAGGGGAGUCCUGUCCGGAGAACGGCCGCAGCCCGGGUUCUGUCUCCACGCAGCACAGCUCCCCACGCAGUGACUUCACGUAUGGCAACAGCACCAGCACGACCCAGCCUCCCAACGCCGGCAUGGGCAACGCCACCGCCACUUCCGACGGGACGCUGACCCCCAACACGCAGCCCAGUGACGUCAUAAUCAACCGAAAGGAGAGCGAGGGCUUCGGCUUCGUCAUCAUCAGCUCGCUCAACCGGCCUGAGGCGGCCGCAACCAACACUGUGCCCCAUAAAAUUGGCCGCAUCAUUGAGGGCAGCCCGGCCGACCGCUGCGGGAAGCUGAAGGUGGGAGACAGGAUCCUGGCGGUGAACAGCCAGUCCAUCGUCAACAUGCCGCACGCCGACAUCGUCAAGCUGAUCAAAGAUGCAGGCCUUAGUGUCACCCUGAGGAUCAUACCACAGGAAGAGAUCAGCAAUCCUCCCUCGGCGCCCAGCUCAGAGAAGCAGAGCCCCAUGGCUCAGCAGCACAGCCCCAAGACCCAACCCAACACGGCAGCCUCCCAGUCCAACCAGGCAGCGACAGAACCAAACACAUCCGUCGGCCAGCCCAACCCCAUGCCCCACCAGAGCCCCGUGACCCAGCUCCCCGCCCCUCCGCCUCAGACCUACACCCACGAGGGCAGUUACAGGUCUGAGGUGAAGGCCAGGCAAGAUGUUAAACCAGACAUCCGACAGCCGCCGUUCACGGACUACCGACAGCCACCGGUGGAUUACCGGCACCCUCCUGUGGCAGACUACCGGCAGCCGCCCACGUUGGACUACAGACACCCGCCGCUGCUCGACUACAGACAGUUAGCUACUGAUGCCAGACAGUUUGCCAUCCCAGACUACCGAAUGCCACCAGUUCAACUUUCACAGGACUUCGACUUCUUCACAGUGGAGCUGGAGAAAAGCGUGAAAGGCUUUGGUUUUAGCAUCCGCGGAGGGCGGGAGUACAAAAUGGACCUGUUUGUCCUGCGGCUGGCAGAGGACGGACCUGCAAUCCGCAACGGCAGGAUGAGGGUCGGGGACCAAAUCAUUGAGAUCAAUGGAGAGAGCACUCGGGACAUGACACACGCCAGAGCCAUCGAGCUAAUCAAAUCUGGAGGCAGGCGUGUUCGUCUCCUCCUAAAGAGGGGUACGGGGCAGGUCCCAGAGUACGACAAUGCCGCCCCAUGGGAUGCUCGCCCUUCAGCCUCCCCAAGCCUGUCGGAAGUAGCCCCUCCCAUCGACAGCCUUUCCAUGUCAUCGCCUUCAUCUCAUCUGGCCCCGGCCCCCGACCCUCCUCAUCUGCCACCUCAGGACGUCCCUCGAGACCCGGUGGCACGAGACAGCAGGACGGAGCGUCCCAAGAGCCCCCAGAAAGCCGAGCUGCUGAACCCAGAUCCCACCGGCCAGGGGAGGAGAGUGGCGACAACCGGCGGGAGCGGCAGAGCCAAGAAGGAGGGUGGCAGGUCCACCCACAAGGGGCACCGGAUGCAGCCCGCCGCCGACGGGGAAGGGGGCAAGGAGGGGCAGAGCGGAGAGCCCAAACCUUCCAGGAGCACCAGAGGAAGGUCCAAGGAGAGGAACACUGGGGACACUAGAGAACCCACCCACUCUCCCAGCGGCUCGAAGCUCCCACACACUAACGGGAACAGCAGGGAAGACGCAGAGCGCUGGAGCGGCGGGAAGCAGGUGGAGCCAGAGCAGGGCAAGCCGAGGCCCAGGGAACCAGACAGGGGCCAGGGAGAGAGCCGGCCCAGCCUGCCCAGCAAGAGCACCAGCAGCGGCAUCGCAGCGGGGAGGAAGGUGACGGUCUCCCCUGGGCCUUGGAAGAUCCCUGGAUCAGACAAGCUGCCCAGCACACUGCGCACAGGCACGUCCAGGCUGAGCAGAUAACACAGCAGCUCCAGCAGAACACAGUGGCCACCCUCAUCUGAACUAAACCACCCAUCUGGACGACAUCCUCACACCUUCCUGAGCCCCUUUAACUCCCACCCCACCUCCACCCCCCAACCCCGUUACUACCAUAGAGUCAAAACCAAGAAGGGGGCGCAGGGUGAUCUGGACCACGUGUUUUUAAAGUUUUAUUUAUAAUACUGUGUUUUAAAUUAUUUUGAGAAAUAUUUUACACCCACCACCUUAAGAACUGGAAAUAUCAUCCACUUUAAAAAAAAGAAAAAAAACAAAACAAAAAAGGAAGAGCAAAUCUUUGUGUAGCGCGGCGAGGAGUCUUUUGGGAGGUUUGAAUGAAUUAUAAGGACCUCUAUUCUCCCCGAGCAGAAGUGGGGGACAAACAUGCAAAUAUGAACAAUUUGACAGGACGCAACUGUCGGUUGGCGUUGGAUUUUUUUUAUAUAUCUACACAGUGGAGUCUAUUUUAUGAAAUGGAAUGUUAAACAGAUGCCUGUUUUUGAUGAGAGUGAAUGGAUCAAAGAGCGACAGCGGAGAUGAAAUCUGCUCAUCAACAGAACAUUGCCUUAACAGAGACAGUGUGGGCCUGAAUCUGUCUUGAAUGAUCUAUCAGAUGAUUAUAGACAAAGAUAUAUUAUAAUGAAUAUGAAUAUGUGGGAACAUUUUGUAAAUAAGAUCAUCUUUAAGUGAACAGAAUCUUCUAGUUAAGCCGCAGGAAGUUCUAGUCCGCGAAUAAACGAGCAAAGCAGCGAGACAUGGACCAGAACUUUCAGCGCAACAACUUCCCCCUCUCCUACUCUCCCCCCCGUUCAGCCCUGUGAUUGCAGUUUUGGGGGGUUUCGGCAGCAAUUCCUGCUGUGAUUGACUGCACAGUCUGUUUGGAGUUCGGUGGGGUUGUCUUGUCAAUCCAUUUUAUCUCGUUUUCGUGCUUAACCAACACGGCAAUCUGCGACGGUGGUGUCCAGCCGGACGCUGACAGAAGGAGCUCGCAUGAAACCGACCGAUGGGCAGAGUGCCUUAGACUGACACAGAGGUUGGCUUUUACGUCAAAGGUUCAACUCCAAAAUACUUCGGAGGAUUCAAAACAGGCUGCUAUACAACACCAACUUUACAGAUAUAAAUAAUAAACUGUAUUUUUUCAGUGUGAUAUGGUGAAAUAUAUAAUUUAUUUCACAAGCUUAUGUAUGAAAAUUAGUCCAUUACCAGAGGUAUUGAUGGUCCUUAUUUGUGGAAGUGCUGCAUUUCGGGUCAUGAUACUUUCAUUACUGAUUUCUUAAUGAGGUCUGACACCAGUAAUUUCCAUGAAGAAUCACUUUUAUGAGACGGUGUAAUCAAAUGUCAGCACAUGGCAGAGCUUUGCACCCAAACCAAACCAAAUUAGUAAAAUCUGAUAUUGAGUCGUCGGAGAAUCAAUCCGGCUUGUCAAGAGCUCUCUGGCCUAACAGUGUGUAACUAAACGAAGUGAAAGCAAAACAUUUCUGUCAUUUCCAGGGAGGCUGAAGAGAGGGCGCACGUGUCAGAGACCCUGUCAGCUGCUGAUUUUGAUUUGUUUUAGGUGAUUCUGUCGACACUGUGUGAUAUUAAGACGUACAUAUCCAUGCCAAAGCUCCUUGUAGGUUUUCUUUUUUUUUCCUCGCCUGCCCCAGAGUUCAAAGGCUUUGAAGGCUGUUCUCUUGUACAUUUUUUUUAUACAAUAACCUAACAACUGACUGUUUGCUAAGCCCUGCCACCUUUAGUUACUGUUGUUUCUCCUGUCAAGCUUUCCAUUUGCAGGUAACUGUGAUAAAAACGGAGGCAGCAGUUCGUGAAAUGGAGGGUCCUUGAUUUCAGACAGAGGUACUUAAAAGCAGCUUUCAUGUUUCACUUUUAGUGUUAGAGGAGGAAAGGCUUUUAGGAUGAAGACUUACAGGUGUGUCUCAGGUAGCGUCGGCUGAGGUCGGUGGAGUGCAGACUUCCCAAAUCCAAUUAAAAGCGGGACUGAGCCACUAAUGAUGCCACGCUAAUAAAUAGCAAUUGAUUUCAGCUCACAUGAGAGCAAAUAAACACACAUGAAUCAUUUCCUGUUUUUGGUUUUGUUAAAAAAAAUCUAAUCUAAAAGUUGACAUCGCCUACCAAACCCGUCCUCCAGCCAAAUGACAAGACGUCAACAGGAGCAUAAAUUCAAAGCUUGACAGGUCUGCAGGUGCUCAAUGUGAUUGAAUGGCUCUUCAGGGGAGGAGUUUAGCAAAUGGUCAAUUUUAAGGUCUACAAAUCUUCGACAUCCACAUGCAGAUGCUGUAAAAAUUCUGAGUGGUAAUUUUUCCUCCGAGUAAGCCAACAUUAAUGAAAAGAAUAAAAUACGAGAGAAAAAUUUUUUUCCUCUCUUCCUUUGCUAACAGUGUUUAAAAGAGCAAAGGGAGACAAGUCAUUAUGUUUGCAACUGUAAUCCGUAAUUACACAAGGACUCAGCAGACAGACUUUAAAACACAAUCCAACACAGAGGGAUUGGGAUUUGAAUUAUUGUGUCAGGAAAUAGAAAAAUCAUCAGCCAGGCACAAGCGGCUCAGCCGUGCAAUCAUUUGUAGAUGAUGUGUGGGGUUAACAUGAUUAAAAACAACAUCCUGUAUCAUCGUGCCCAUUUGGCCGGACUGCUCCUUUAUUUUCUAACUCCUUAUUGAGGCAGAAACAAAAAUAUGUGCGUACUUUUUUUGCUCAUCCUUUGCACAACUCACUGCUUUCCAUGUCUGAGCUGUCUCCGUCGAGCCAAAUUGUAAGUAGUUUUCUAAGGAAAUCAAAAACAAUAUAAAAAAGACUAUCUAGAGGUGUAUUUGCAAAAGCGUGUGUGUUGAAAUGCGCACGACAGCAGCGUAAACUCCAGCACCCAAGCGGCUCAGUAUCACUGUGUAGUGCUAUAGCAGUGUGUAGACCCUGAACAAAUAUCUCUAUAAAUAUGACUCGGUGUACUAUUGAUGGUCACAAAGACUGUAAGUGGAGCAACUAUUUUUAUGAAAUGCAACAUUAUGGAUAUAUUAACUUUUGCAAAAAUCUUGUUUACCUGUAUGAUAUUCUGAAACGCUGUCAAAAUAAAAGAAAAUCUUGACACAACAUGAAAGAUUCAUUUAGGACAA